AUGACGGAAACGGACGCUGGCGCCGCGCGCCUGCGCGUCGCGUCCGCGCUCGAAGCCACGGACGCGUACGACGGCCCGCUCGAGCUCGACCUCGGCAACCUCCUCGCGUGCGACCCGGCGCCGAUCGACCCGGAGGCGUACGCCGGCGGCGACGCCGACGCGAAGACCGCGGUCGCGCUCGCGCACUGCCGCGACGUCCUCCAGCGGCUCGUCGCGGAUCUCUUCGCGCUGCCGUCGGAGAGCGACGUGAACGGACGGUACGUGCACCUGCCGGCUGGGACGACGCCGCUGCCGCGGACGAAGCCGCUGCCGCCGCAGGAGAAGCCGAUGACGAAGUGGGAGCAUUUCGCGAAGGAGAAGGGCAUCAAGAAGCGGAAGCGAUCGAAGAUGGUCUUCGACGAGCAGACGGACGAGUGGAAGCGCCGGCACGGGUACGACCGCGCGGGGGACGCGAACAAGAUCAUCAUAAUGGACGCGAAGAUGAGCGACGUCCCGGGGCAGACCGAGGACCCUUUCACGGCGGAGGAGCGGAUGCGGAGAGAGCGCGUGGAGAAAAACGCGGGGCGUCAGCAAAAGAAUUUACUCAACGCCGUGUCGACGCACGGCGCGAAGGUGUUACCGCCGACGCUGCAGAUGUCCGCGGCGCCGACGAAGGGCGCGAAGGCGCUGCCGCUGGGGAAGAUGGGGAAGAAGCAGGUGAAAGACCUCUCCGCGCACGUCGCGAGGAGCACGGCGAGCAUAGGGAAGUUCAACGCGCCGAUUCCGGGCGACGAAAAGAUCAAGUCGCGAGGGAAGCGAAGGCAGUUCGACGGCGUCACGGACGUCGCGAAGGACAAGGCGAACGCGCUGACGUUCAUCGAUAAGCUCGUUCGGAGAGAGAAGGACUUCACCGUGGACGUGAACGUCGCCGCGAGGAAGAUUCAGAGGGCGAAAGAGGCGGAGAGCCGAAGCGCCGCGAAGGCGAAGCUCGCGGAGAAAGACGCCGGCGGCGCCGGAGGGAAGAGGCAAGGCGGGAAGAAGGGUAAGGGGAUGGCGGGGAUGAAGGCCAAGGGCGGGACGGUCAAGAAGGGCAAGGGGAAGAAGUGA